AGCCCAGAGCCAGCGCACAGGCGAUGAUAGAGCCAGCUCCACCUACCCGUACUCGCAGAGGAGCGACCCAUUCCAACUCACGGUCCACGACCUGGUUCCCGGCCGAGAUAUCCACACCUUCGACGACAGGCUCAUCGCUGCUGCUGCAGCCAGCCGCAGCUCUUACUAUGCCGGGAAUGGCGCCUUGUACGACGUGGAAGACGACUUCCACAUCUACGAAGAUGUAGAUGGGGCCGAUGGCCCGGCGUAUGUUCCAUUUGCUUCUCGCUCCCGCUUAUUGAAUGCACUUACGAGAUGUUGUGUCUAGCGGAGAGUAUGAUAUGCUCGACUUUCAGCCGGAGACCACCGUGACACACAUUGUCAACUACUACGACUACCCACGUCGGCCCUUAGCUCCGCUAUAUGAUGAGGAGCAGUACUCUGAGGAGACGCAGCAUCCGUUGUAUGCCGCUAAUCACUUCCUUGACUCGCACAUGGACGGCGACCCAUUUGGCAGGCCAACACGCAACACGGUUGAUGACCCUGUUUUCCUCGGCGCCGACGUCCCUCGCAACGAUGGAGGAUCCAGCUUGGCAGCGCCUCCUCUUGAGCGCGUCCAUUCUCUGCCCAUCCGAAUGCGCAGCCCACCCAUCGCACCACCUCCAGCUCCCCCGGUGUCACGCGAGGAAGCUGGCGAAUUCGACCACCCGAGCUCAACAGACGUUCCAUCCACGGAGCGCACGUACGGCCAGACUGCUCAAAUCCUGCAGCUCACGCCUUCCAACGCCGUCUACCCCCCGUACGUCGGCCCGAGUGAUGGCAGCACGACAAUGUACCCCCACUUCGACAGCGAGAAUGGAUAUUAUCAUCCCGCAAACCCGCCUCGACGCGUGGGAGUUCGAAGCUUGGAGUCGGCUUACGAUGACAAUGUCGAAGAGCAGGAAAAUGUACCGCCAAUGCCGUCUAGCCCUGCUUUCCGCCUUCCAUUCGAGACAACGCUGAUGAGACGCGUGGAGCGAUCUUCGAGCGUCUACCCCGAUGACGAUGAUGCUUGGGAAAGUGUCCAGGACUCCGAGAGCCGGGCAAAUUUCGCCGAUGUCGACUUUGCUGCCGCUCUUGAAGAGCAGCGCCCAAGCCAAGAGAGCUAUGCGAACACCAGUAAUGACAACUCGCCCAAUCGUCCCAAGGCUCGGCCGACCUCGAACACCUUCAUGCCUUUCUCCAAGAAGUUCUUCGACAUGCUUCCGGGCAGGGGAGCCGACAACAAGUUGGACGAGCGGGCCGACAUGCCGAGCCAGAAGAAGGCAUAUGCGGCCUUGCCUGACUGGAGGGAGGUGGCGCAGACCGACAAAAAGAAGGGAAAGGCCAUUCUGGAAGACAAAAUCAUGCAAGAUGUGAUCGGCGGCCAGCUCACCGCUACGAGUCCUAAAUUGGACAAAACCCAGCAUGCCGCGGACUUGAAGGCACUGAAAGAGCUCCGAAGCCAGACCGCCACCCAUCGCAGACCGUUCGACGUCGUCGCGGACAAGCUCAACAAGUUUGUCAACAUCUCUCCGCUCAAGCCCGUGUACAGCCCGUCGCGGACGCUCUUGAGGACGCCGCAGGUCGAGAGGCCUCGUCAUGCAAACCCUUCGAUCGCGUCUGACACAAUGGGCCUGCUCGAUUCGACUCCCUCGCCGUACAGGAGCGGUGGCCUGCAGUUCAGCGACACCCUGAACACCUUCCAGACCACGCCGUCUCCCCGGCUCAGAGUGAAGCCGUACUCUCCCCUCACUCCCAACCCCAUCACAUCUCCGCUGGACGCCGUGGUGCGCGAUCGUCACACCCCCCGAGGCCGACCACAGCUCAUCGGCGCCCACUCGUCGCCCCUCCACGACGACGAAAGGGAGGAGAUCGAGCUCCAACCUCUGCAGAGGAGCAAGGGCAAGCAAGGCCCCACCCGCGCCGCUAUGAGCAGCCAAACGGCGCUUCACCCCUUGACUCUAGCCGACCCCACCUACACCCGCGCAGCCGCCACCACGCGUCUAACGGACGAGCAACUGCUCGAAUCGGCGCCAGGAUGGACCGUCGAGCCAAAUCCCUCCUCAACAGGCGCAGUAGCGCACUUCUUCUCCCGGGAGAUGGGGUUCGGGAUCCAGCAAGAGGACGGGACGGUGGAGCGCGUCCGGCUUCUUAUGGGGCCCAGAGAGGGGCGCAAUUUGCGCGAGGGCCGCUUGCAGCGGGAGCUGACGCGCCCGUACUUCGUCGCGUGCUCGCUUUGCCCCGUCUCUGCUGUGUUUUUCGGGCUGGGGGGCUUGGAUUGGUGGAUGAGGAGGGCGAGCGAGGGGAAGGUGGAGGAGAUGGCCCCCGUGGCCAAGAAGGACGCGUUGUGCCUUGCGGCUCCGCUGGGAGCGAUUUUCUAUGCGAUUGUGGUGAUUGUGGUGUUUAUGGCGGUGCGGAAGUGAGUAGCUUUUGUAGUUUUGGAUUGUGGUUGACGGUGUGGGUUCUCUCGGUUCCUUCAUUUCCGUUCAUUGCGUCUGCCAUGGUGGUACUCAAUGCCUUCUUUGAUGUUGGCGCUCAUGAGAUAUGCCCAUACCGCCGGACACGCCAGGCAGGAGCGAUGUCCUCGAAUUUCAACCCGCCGGGCGGAAUGGAUCCUCUCCCUUCAAAUCUGCGAAGAGAUUGCCUCGAACUUGCAGAGAGCUGCCUCAUCGCUCGUUGCAUGGAAGAGAUGCGCCUGC